AUGCAGCGAACAAGAGACGAAAAUGAUAGGGGUGGAAGGGACGAACAACUGAGCAGUGAAGACGUUGCUAAAAUUAUCAAUGACUCCAUGGCAUACGUAGUGGAAGCCAACAAUAAAAAAAAUAUUAUCGAAAUAAAAAAUGACCUGGAAUAUAUUAAAAAUAUAAUUCACAAUGACAUUAUUAAGAUAUUAAAAAAAAACGCACAGGAGUUUAUGUGUCUCCCGUCCAACUUAAAUCUGAUGGAAAAAAUGAUGCCCCCCUUAAAGAAAGAGGUGGAAUUGUCCAGGACGUUUGUUCACCUCCUGCUUAGAGAAGUGCUGCACAUUCGUACAAAUAAUUAUCAACUGAUAGAAGACAAAAUAAACAUGUCAUUUUUAAAAAACGUCUUAAUGAAUAACGUACAGGUGGAACAGCUACUGACCAAGUUACACAAAAAAAUAAAAAUGCUAGAUCAAAAUAAACAGUUUUUAUCACUAGUAAGUAUGUAUAAUGAAUUGCACAGAAAGGACAUUAACUUGGAAAAAGCAAAACAGUUUCUUAUCGAACAUGUUAGCAUCAACAACUUUAAUUUCUUUUUUUACGUGAUCGAAAAAAUUGUCCUUGUUGCCAAAGCGACGUGGGAAAUAAAGGCCCUGUUAUAUAAUAAUUACAAAAGCAUUUUCAAAAUAGCUAGCUCAUUACGUGCUUGGAAUAACCUCCUCGAUAAAUAUGGAAGAGCAUCCGAAUGUAGCGAAGACGUCAUUUAUUCUGCUAAAAAUAACUCGAUUAAACAUAUGAACGAAUGUUUAAGAACGAUUAUGAGUGAGAUUGGUUCGCACCUGCAUCGGUUGUCUUAUGUAUUUCUGAGAGUGGUGAAGGACGCCCUCCCUGUGCACAGCGGGGGCGACGCUACUGGCAACUUCAUUCUAGACCAGUGUUUGCAUGGAGUUGUUACUGCCUCUUACUUGCUCGACCAGAUGGACGCCUUCACUGAUUUGUUUCGCGAGAUCUUUGUGGACAGCCUGGCACACAUCCCGUUCGAGUCCUACGACGUCUUCCUCACACACGCGAGACGGCACCUACUGGAAGACGAACGCGUAGAACAAAUAAACAGGUGCGUGGACGAAGUAGACCCCGGUGCGUUGUUCUGCGCCAAGGGAAUUGUGCAGAGCCUGCUGCAAAUCAUCAAGAGGAAGUUCCCGGAAGUUUUUCUCCUCACCCACUGCGACAACUUCAUCGAAAAUUACACCAAAACAGCUAGUUUUCUGAACGAAAUUAAAAAAAAAAAAAAAAAAAAAAAGUAUGAACAGUUCAUAAUUUCUGAACAUGUUCAUAAUUUUCUAAAGAAUUUCGAAAGGGAAGCAUACGCACAGUACAUCCUCAAUGUGCUGGAAAAUAAGAUAAAUGAAAAUUGCAAAAAUGUAAUACUGUUCGAUAAAAAAUAUAUAUUUGAUGACAAGUUUUACUGGCUAAAGGAAACCAUUAAUUUGAUUAAAAUUUUUAAAAUUCUCUUUACGAGCAAGUAUUACAUUCCAAGUUCGCUUCCGACUUAUCUGGCCUUCAUUUGUAAGCACUUUAAAAAUUACAUAGACAAUGUGGAAUCCUUUUUGCUUUUCCUGCGAGAAAAUCGGAACGCCAAAAUUUUUGGCACGGACAGAACGCGAUUCAAUUGGAGCCCGACGCUCAGCUACAACAGCGUGGGGUUCAUCCUGUCCGACUUGAUGUCCUUACGGAGCAUAUUUCAAGUGGGGACAGGAGCGCGCGCGCUUUUGAAAAGGGGAAAAUUGGGAGGAAGCACCAGGGUAGAAGCGAAAGAAGUGAAUUUAUCAGAAGAGGUGAUUGCAGGGGGACCAGCGGAUGGAGCUUGCGCGAUGGACGAAGCGGGAGAGGAGACCAACUCUGCGCUUCCCAAACGUGUGAGCAGCACCAUGGGUGAUGUGCCCACGUGGAUGUUUACAAAAAUACUGUCUGACUGUGCAGGUGUUUAUUCGGAGGUAGAGCACAGCGAUGAGGACAACUCAGCUGGGGAGACCGACAACGCUUCCUCUACCUCUUGCUCAUACUCCAGCUGCGAUGACAGCAUCAAGGAAGUCGUGACGCAGGAGAUGGGAACCCCGUUAGGGAAGUGGCACUACUGGCUCAGCGUCGAAAGUGGUUUGUCUUUCCCCCCCAGGGAUAUCGAGCUAGCCGCCCACAUGAAGAACAAAGUGACCCAUGAACAGAGUGCUGAUGCUGAUCAGGAGAAUAAGGAAAAGGUUGCUGAACACGCACACGUGGAAGUGCACAUUUCUACCAACUAUAACGAUCGGGGAGAUACUACCAAUGAAGGGAAGGUCAAAAAUAGAAGCGAUAGUUGCACCGCCCACGGGAGUGACACCGAGCUGCACGAACUGGGCAAAGCAAACAGAAACACCCUCAAGGAAAAAAAAAAACAAAUGAAGAUCCAUUUACAAAUAUGCAAAAAAAAAAAAAAAAAAAAAAUACAAAAUCAUGUAAACUGUAUAGUAGGUUUUCUUAGGACCCUAUCUGACAUUGUCCUAAACACAGAAAAGGAAUUUCAGAAUUUUUUCAUCGACAAAAUGUUCCAUAUAUGUUCGAGCUUUUUGGUUUAUUUGCACUCCCUCCUGGUCAUGUACAAAAUAACCAACAAGCGGAUGCCUGAAAAGCCUAGCGAGCAAGUGGAGAAGAUCCUCCUCCCCCUCAUUUCUUUUAAAACAUUUUACGAAGGUAUCAUCGCGCAGGCGAUUGUCGAGGAUAUCAUUUCAAGAAUCGUCGAUCGGAUAAACGACUACUACCUUCAAGAGAUAAAGAACCUCAUUAAUGUCAAAAUUGACGAGCAGAAUAAGCGCAUCAUGAAGCUCAACCUGGAGGACCCCUUAAAAGAUGAGGAUACCCCGUACGAGGAAAAAAUACGAAGGCAAAUUUAUUUGGACGUUUGCCACUACGCCAAAAUGUGCGAGGAGAACUUCAAAAUAAACGCAGAAACGAGCGCAAGCAUGAACGCAUUAGUAAGUCACUUGUCAUUUAAGGAAUAA